AUGGGAAAAAUAAGAGCUCAUGCAUCAAAUAUGAGAUACUUAGCAAAUGAAGUUAUUGCCAAUUUUAUGUAUGAAGAUUUUAACCCAUUAAUGGCCAAAGUUGCGUGUAUAGAAAUGAGUCAGUUUAAAAGGCUAAGAACCGUAGAAGAGAUAUUGGAUUAUUUAGAUGAUGUACCCACUGAUAUUAUUAUAGUUCUCCCAGAUGUUGAUAGUCUCACUGAUGACGAAAAUAUAGAUGAUAAUGGCAUUUUAAUAAAUGAUGAUACMGAUUUYCUCAGUAGURAUAUAUGYGGGACAUUUGAAGUUUUAAAUAAUAAUUUUGAAUAUGCUGAACCUUCAAAUGUCGGCUCUCAACCACAAAAAAAUCCUAGGAAAAAGAAAAAAGUAGAUAAUACAAAACAAUGUGAUACGCCAAUGUGGAAAUCUAAAGCAAAUCCCGUAUAUUCGUCAUUUCCCGAAAACGUCGAAAAAGAAAAUAUAAAAAAGCUUAUUGAAAGUUAUGAAGGAAUAGAUCCACUCAAAUGUUUUUCUUUAUUUUUUGAUGACACUGUACUGCAGUUAAUAGUUAACUUAAGCUAUACUUUACCUCGGAUGGAUUUCUACUGGAGUAAAGACGAAGAUAAAGAUAUCACAUUAGUUAGAAACAGAUUCCGUUAUAUUAAAAAAAAUUUGCAUUUAGCCGAUAACAAUAACCUUGAUCCAUCGGAUAAAUUUUCAAAGUUGCGUCCUUUUUUCAAUCUAUUGAACCAAAAGUUUAUUCAGUUUGGUAUUUUUACACAUAAUUUAUCAAUAGACGAAGAAAUGGUUCCAUAUUUUGGUCGACAUUCUUGCAAAAUGUUUAUUAGAGGAAAACCAGUUCGGUUUGGCUUCAAGUUAUGGUGUUUAACUUCUGAAAAUGGAUAUUUAUUUCAGUUUUCACCUUAUGGUGGUGCUAGUACUAAACGAGUAGAAGGUUUGCCACUCGGAUCAAAAGUUGUAUUAAACCUUUUAGAGCCUGUCGAAAAUCCAAGGUUUCAUAAAGUAUUUUUUGAUAACUUCUUUACUAGUUAUAUCCUACUGGUCAUGCUAAGGGAAAAGGGAUUCGUUAGAGAAAAUCGCAUUAGUAAUUGUAAAUUAAAAUCUGUUAAAUUAUUGGGAAAGGAAUGUAAGGGAACAUAUGACUUUGCUUUUGACAAAAAUAAUGAAAUAUGUGCAGUUCGAUGGAACGACAAAAAACUGUCAAUAUUCAACAACCAAACGUAA